AUGCAUCUCCCUGCACCGACUUUCGCCGCUACUAUUCCUUCGAUUUACGAUGGGUCUAAGUUGGAAUACCGUAUUUAUAUACCUGAUCAACUGGAAAGUACAACGACAUCCCCUCGUCCCAUCAAAGGAGCUAUUGUCGCACAUCCCUAUGCAUCGCUAGGAGGAUCCUUCUAUGAUCCUGUCGUGAGCUUUCUCGGCGGCGAGCUUUUAAAAGCGGGGCAUGUCGUAGGAACGUUCAACUUCCGGUAUGGCGCCGGUGAAUCAGAAGGAGGAACAAGUUGGACCGCAAAACCCGAGCUAGGCGAUUAUACAUCAUUUUACGGGUUCAUGCUACAGUAUCUGCACCAGUUGCAGGUUAUGACACAAGGGCGAAUUGAUAGCCUCGAACCUGCACUCAACCAAAUUCAGGGCCAGGAUCGCGAUCAGGGAAGCAGAGCAAAAGAAAAUUACGGUAUUCGGCUUAUUCUCGGCGGAUAUUCAUACGGAAGUUUUAUCGCAUCACAUCUCCCAACACUUGAUGUAAUCGCCGAACUAUUCCAGCCCAGAACUGGGGUCACAUCUUCACCCACACCAUUCGAGAAGAUUAGCGCAGAAGCAAGGAGGAUCGCUGCAUUAUCUAUACGCGCCACACAACCCCGGGAAAAUCGGACGGAUGACCAAGGGAUUUGCGUAUCAACCGCGAUCUCCUACCUUCUCAUGUCACCUUUGUUGCCCCCACUAACUCAAGUACUCACGGCAUUCUCCACAUUAUCGCUGCAGAUUGGAGGAACAUCAGCUCAGACCCGACCCGCUGGCUGUCCAGCCGACCAGCUACGAACGCAUAAGACGUUCGCAUUAUACGGAGAUAAAGAUACAUUUAACUCAGUGCGCAAAUUACGAGAUUGGUCAAGUGAGUUGGGCAGAAUGCCACAGAGUUUAUUUCAAAGCUGUGAGAUUAAGGGCGCAGGUCAUUUUUGGCGAGAGGAUGGAGUUGAGGAGCGGGCAAAGCAAGGUCUUCGGGAAUGGCUUCAGCAAGUAUAG